AUUUAAAGAAAUUUUGUUCCAAUUAAUGUUUAAUUUUUAUGUUGGUUUUGCAGCUAUGAGUGAAAACAAUGGGAGGACGAAGAGAUUAGACAGGGAGUGGGACGAGGGUAAGGACGGGAGAAGAUGGUUUGAUGCUCCGAGUAGAGGGGAAACCAGACCUCCCUUAGAUCGGAGUAGAAUGAUCUGUGCCGAACCUAAGUCGGGUGUUGGAAAAAAUCGUUUGAAAACUUUCGACUCAACUCCAGUUUCCUGUAAACCUGUAUUCUACAAAGUGUUUUCUCCGUCAGAAAGUCAAAACAGAGAAAUUGCGCCUCAGGAAUCCAUCACCACUCCUGGUAUAAUACCACCUCAUUCCUUUCAUCCUGUAUCUCCAUACCCUCCUGCAGUAUCCUAUCCCGGACUCGCCAACUGUUCCUACCCCCCGGCUCCUGCAAUUCAACCCAACAAUGGUCUAAAUCAACAUUCUUUCCUUCUCCCUGCCCACUCUCCCUCAGUUCCUCCCUGUCCUGCAGCUCCCGGUCAUAUUGGGCAAUUCUCCUUCGCUAGUCCUUGUGUUCAGGACGGAUUCAACCUUUACCCUUGUUGCCAAGGUUCUGCCCAAUCAACGGUUCACAAUGGAGAAUACGCCAUGAAUACCGACAGAAGCCAGGACGGAUUUAUGUUUGAUCCCUCGAUUCCUCCACCUUGCUUUGCUGGAUACCAACCUUGUUAUCCUGAGUUCCAGGGACAAUACCCCGCCUUCUCUAGCUUAGCGGUUAAUCCUUAUAGCUAUCCGUUCAACACAGCUACUAAUCCGGUAAACUCAGCCAGCUACCCGGUCAGCACAUCAAGCUACCCGGUCAACUCGUUCAAUUACCCAGUUGACUCCUCCAGCUACUUAGUAAGCUUGUCCAGCUACCCGAUGAACCCUGCUUCCUCCGAAUACACCGUUUACCCGCAGGGUGGUUGUGAACCAGUUACUUCUCCGUACAUGUACAGCAUGAUACCUGUAUCACAGAUCAGUCAAGUCAUUUCACAGCCUCAAGUCACUGCCGAGGAAUCUAACGUAGUGACUGCUCAAGGAGACGACGCUACUAGUAAACCGGAUUUAUCAAGUCAGGCAUCAGAGUCAGUCUCUCUAAAAGCAGGAGGUGAUGCAAAUUCACCAGACUCCAAGCUGUCUCCACUUAUGAAUUCACUUACUAUCACGUCUUCUACAGCGGGUCCGAACUCGGGGACUUGUCUGGUAUCUUCCUUUAGUCGAAGAGGACCUCGACCUUCUUCCGAUAUUAUUACAGUGGACCUAAAACCAAGAUCUGGAAAGGAUACAUCCUCUUCUAUAUCCUCCACAGUGGGUCCUGCAGGAGACGGAGCACCAACCGUCAAGGUUGGAUCUGGCAGAGGUGUUACUCCGGACAUAGUUAAGAGUACUGAAAUCAAGUUGAAAACAAGAGAGCUGCAGAAUAGAAAUCAAUGGAAUCAAAUAGAUGAAAAUGCAAACCAAGAAGGUGUUGAGAUAUUGGCUGGAUCAUCUUUCUAUCCUUCUCCUCAGCCUUGCGGACCUGGUUCAGAUUCUCAACCUCAGAAACCCUUCCCAUCUUCUCCAACAGGAUCCGUCCUUACUUCUCCAUCUGUCCCAUCGGGUCUACCCGUCCUGGCUUCUCCAUCUGCCCUGCCCGUCCCAACUUCUCUACCUGUAUCCACCCCAACCUCGAGCUCUACUCUUUACCCUAGCUGGAGUUCUAAUGCACAUUCUGGCGUAACGAACUACGUGUACCUGCCGUACAGUACAUUGUCUGCGCAAUUUAACCCUAAUCCACAGUACAAUGUUCCUGUACUGGUCAUGCCGGAGCAGUACACAGAACAACAAUAUACUCCAUACCAGUACAAUCUAAACCAGUACAACACCAGUCAGUACAAUGUACUUUAAAUAUCUAGCAAAGAUUGAAGAUUUAUUCGAAUUUUAAGUAUUACUUGUCAUGAUUAUGAAAAUUUUAUGUCUACAACCCUUGAAAAUUGUACUGUAAAUGAAUUGUAAGCAUUGCGCAGUUUUGUGUAGUGUCCGUGUUGAAAUUGUGAUCUCGUUAAAUGAAAUUGAUUUGAGAUUGAAAACGGACCCUUCUCUUAUACUUCGUUUUUAAAAAGAAACAAACUAAACUUAAUCUAACGAAUUAUAUCUAAAAAUGACAUUGUACAUUUCAAACAUUUUAAACUUUUAUAUUAAAGAAUCUCAGAAAAUUGUUUGUCGCAAAUGAAUUCCACUAUGAAAUCCUAUUCUUUAAUUUUAAUGAACUAUUCCGUACACAUUCUGUUCCCAAUUUUAAAACAAAUUUGACAUGAAUGUUACUUUUUUAUCGCGAAGAAGAUAAAAAACUGUAUAAAAUGAAGUUUUUAAACAGCGCUCUGAAGUGUAUAUGUACGUCUAAUUGUAAAUUAAUAAAUAGCUGAAGUUA